GACUGAAAGAGAUUAUUGAAUUAUAAAUGCAUUGAAUUGUACUCUCAAAAGACGUCUAUUUUUAUUAAUGAUAUCGUAGUGCUAAAAGCUGUUGUCUAUUGUAUUAUAACAUAAAACAAUGGCCUCAGCUAUUAAAGGGAUGGUCAGUAAAAAUAAGAUCCGAUACCGAUCUGAUGGAUUUGAUCUGGACUUGUCAUAUAUUUCGAGAAACAUAAUAGCGAUGGGAUUUCCCGCGGACACCAUCGAGAGGUUCUACCGAAACCCCAUCAACGAUGUCGUCCGAUUCUUUGAAACCAAACAUAAAGAUAGGUAUCGGAUCUACAAUUUGUGCGCCGAAAGGCAGCGUCGAUACGAUACCUCGAAAUUUCAGUGUCGUGUCAACGAAAGCUUCACCUUUCAGGACCACAAUCCGCCGCCAUUUGAAAUCUUGAAACCAUUUUGUGAAGACGUACACAAAUGGUUAUCACAGGACAAGAAUAAUGUUAUUGCAAUUCAUUGUAAAGCUGGCAAAGGAAGAACUGGAGUAAUGAUAUGUGCGUAUCUGAUUCACGCCGGCGAGUGCAACAUUACCGAUGAAACUGGAUCUACCUUUAAGAUUACUGGUGCCGACAAAGCACUGGAAUAUUACGGUCGUCACCGAACUCAUGACAUGAAAGGAGUUACUAUUCCGAGUCAAAAACGAUACGUCUAUUAUUAUGAAGAACUAGUCAAGAAAGGACUUGACUAUAAAGCAACUUCUUUGAGACUAAUGUCCAUCGAUUUGACGACAAUUCCCAACGUUAAUAGCGGACAAUUUGUAUUGAUUUGUGAAAUUAUUCAAUUACCGAAACAAAAGUUAAAAACUUUUGAAAUUGAAGUGAAAAAGAGCUUAAAGUUACUCAACUAUACCAUACCUGACGAACUUGUCUUUCGUGGAGACAUUAAAAUUGAAUUUUUUAUUAAGAGACAGUUAUCUAAAGAGAAAUUAUUUCAAUUUUGUUUCAAUACCUUCUUUAUUAAAAGUAGUGAUGAAAUGACAGAUUGUGUUAUAGGGACUAACCAUUUGAAUGAUAUUCAAAGAAAUACAACUAAUAACCAUUCAUUACAUACAACUAUCAUUAAUGGCUGUUCUAAUGGACAGAUUUAUAGUAAUGGUCGUCGACCUCAUGAUCGUAAAAGUGGUAAAGAAAUAUAUUUAGUUUUAUCUAAAGACCAAUUGGACAAAGCAUACAAAGAUAAACAAAACCGUAUCUUUAGCUCAGACUUUAAAGUUCGGCUAACGUUUACAAAACCAAUUCAAUCAUAUUCUCCAUCUUCAGAAAUGAUGCGAUCAAAUGAUACCGUCGAUAACGAUUCUGAUGACAAUGAGUCGGACAAUGAGACAGACGAUGACGAAGAUUACUCUGAUUUCGAUGAAGAUUCAGGAGAACGGUCUUCAGGUUAUCCACAGCAAUAAUAAACCAAAUAGUCAUCUAUUGUUGUCGUUUUCAAAAUGAAAUGGUAUUAAAGCAUUGAAAGGAUCUUCAAAUGAUUUUAUCACAAAUUCAUGACAUCAUAAGUUAUAAUAUAAUAACUCUGUCACUGACAAUACCAACCAAAAUGUCUCAAAAUUAAUGACAGUUUAAUUUUUUCUAUUAAUUAAUAUAAAUAUUUACAUAAAAAUUGUUAACACAUGUGAAAUU